AUGAGAGCUCCUCGUGAUCCUUUGACUUAUUUCCCAACAGUGGUAGGACGGAUUGCCAAAAUCUGGGCCGACUGCGGAACAGCUGUCGGGCAGCUCGACGGCGAACCGGAGAUGGCCGUAGCCGGUUGCGCCCUUUUCCAUGCCGCGCGUUUGCAGGUAAUUGCCGUUAAGAGCUCAUCGGUGCUGAAAAGCUUCGAAUGGUGCGCAGCAAACAAGAACAUCGACAUGCGGGAUGUCGAAAAUGCAUUUGGCCUUCGUAACAAGUCUAUCCAGUCACUAGAAUACCAACCCUGA